GAAUUCAUGGGAGAAUGAGCUUUCGAGCGAGCGGUAAUGUCUUUUGGGCUGAUUUUGCAGAUCCAAAAAGACAGAUUUAAAAUAUUCAUUGUCCUACCAAGAUUGAGUACUAGCAUAUUAAUUUGUAAUAAGUUAAAAUUUAUUAGUAAUGAUAAAAUAUUGACACUCGUAAUACUUUAAUGCUCUAAAAUUUCUUUAAUGUGUAUAACAUUAAGUUAAAAAGUUCCAGCCAUCCGGAGAAAACAGGAGGAAAAGCGGGAAAAAAUUUAUUAGGAAUGAAAGAAAUACGAAAUGAUAUUACAAAGCUGGCGGCUAUUCGGAGUAUCAGUAAUAAUCAUUAUUUAUAUAUGCAGCGUUUUGUUAUUUUCAAUAAAUAGUUCGCCUCGCUCAAAUCAGAAAAAUGAACGCAUCGAAAGAUUUUCUGAGUUCGCAAAUUUUCACAACAGUCGUUUCCGUGGUUUCACAUCCAAGGCCAAUAUCCGCUGGUGUAACGGCCUUAAGUAUCUCAAAACAAACGUACCUAAUAACAUGAUUACAACUGUUUCUGCUCUAAGCACUAAUAAAGUUGCAACCACUGAAAAUAUUAAAGAUGACGCUGUAUAUCGAAUACCGGGUCUGACUGCCCUAGCAUCAUUUCCAGGAAGUGGUAACACCUGGCUUAGGUAUUUAUUGCAGCAAGCAACAGGGAUUUUAACGGGGAGUGUCUACAAAGAUUAUGGGUUGUUAAAGACUGGAUUUCCGGCAGAGAAUGUACGUAAUAACUCUGUAUUGUUAGUGAAAACUCACGAAUUCGGCCCUAAGGCAUGGGACCCAUUUACUAAGGCCAUUUUACUGGUGCGUGACCCAGAGAAAGCGAUAUUGGCAGAAUUUAAUAGACAAAGUGGCGGUCAUAUUGGAUUUGCGUCUCCCGAUCGUUAUAAAAGAACUAAAGGAAAAUAUUGGCAGAAGUUCGUACUUAAGAAUUUGAAAAUGUGGGAAGCGACUAAUUUAAGCUGGGCACGAGACUUCUCAGGCAGCAUCAAGGUUGUAUUCUAUGAGGAUUUGGUUGGAAAUUUAGAAGUCACUUUGAGAGGAAUACUUAACUUUUUAGAGUUUCCUAUUAAUGAGGAACUCUUCAGCUGUACUUUAAUAAGAAGAGAAGGCGUUUUCCGGAGAAAGAAGCGGUUUUUGAAUUUUGAUCCAUUUACAAUAUCGAUGCGUUCCAUGAUAAAACAAAAAAAGCUAGAAGUGUAUAAAUACCUUGAAAAUCUCAAAUAACGCUGUUAAUAAAAGGUCUUAACUAUUUGUAACUACACACAUACAUAUAACCAACGAACAUUAAUAUAGUGAAUAUUUAUAAAAACAUAAGCUGACAUCCAAAGUGCGAAAUAAUAAUUUUAGAUUAGUUGAACAAAUGCAAACAUAAUCUACCUUCCUAGUUUGCGCAAAUUUAUUAAAGGGUUUUUAACUUAUUAAACAAGUAUUGGGUGCGUAUACGAUGGAUUAUGUAUCUAAGGCUUAGUAAUUUGUACAUAUGUACAUACAUACAAGUAUGUAUAAUCUUCUUAGCUUCGCGCGCUUUUAAAC